AGAAUGAAAGAAUCAGAGCCUUUGUUUUUUCUCCAUUUUCUUAGUUCUUCGCUCGGAGGGAGAGGAAUUCGCAGCGAAAAUGAAGAAGGAAGAGACAGUAAAAUUGAUCAGCGCCGAGGGUUUCGAGUUCGUCAUUCACAAGGAUGCAGCCAUGGUUUCUCAGACAAUUCGAAACAUGCUUACAUCGCCAGGAAAUUUUGCUGAAUCGCAGCACAGAGAAGUGACUUUCCCUGAGAUUAGCACCACCAUACUCGAGAAGAUUUGCCAAUAUUUUCACUGGAAUCUACAAUUCGCCAGUGGAAAAGAGACCGAGUUCCCUAUUGAACCUGAAUUGACCCUUGAGUUGAUGAUGGCUGCCAACUAUCUCCAUACAUGAAAUAUGACCUCUGUGCACUCUUCCAUUCGACAUUGUAAUAUCGCGGUAAUUUUAUGUGAUAGACGUAGAUUUCCUUGACUAGACUAUCAGUAAAGUUCAUCAUUUAAGAUUUCUCUUGGGGGGGUGUACAUACUUGUGGAUGAUAUUGUUGCUUCAUUUCACUCAUUGGAACUUCAGGUCACUCAUUGAGCAUUAUUAUGGACAAAUAUCAUGCGUAUGGUUGUGCUUUUGACCAUCUUAA